AUGUGUCCCCACAUGACACAUGUGUCCCCACAGGUCACAUGUGUCCCCACAGGUCACAUGUGUCCCCACAUGACACCUGUGUCCCCACAGCUGCUGCUCCAUCGCCGGCCCCUGGCUCCGGAGCCCACUCGGAUUCUCAGGGCCACAGCCACCGACUCCAUCCGUCUGCGUUUCCACGGCAACGCGAAGGCCAGCUCCGCUCAGUAUCCUCCAGCUCAGAACGAGACCGAGAAUCAAGCGCGACUGCAGUUCCUGCUGUGGCCGCGGGGGGCGCUGUGUCAGUGA